UCCUUCUCCUCCGUUCUUUUUCUCUCUGUGUCGUUGCCUUGAAAAGAUAGCCAUCAGCCAUCAAAAUAACUGUCGUGCUGCCUGUUAGUGAUUUGUCUCACCUGCAUGCAUAUAGUGUCCAACUCCUUUCCUGCUGUGUAAGUCUCUCCGAUCUCCUCGCAGACUCACCUCAACAGGAGAAGAAAACCCGAACCCCAUGAUGGCAUCGGAGGAUCCCAAGGACGAAGAGACUAGGGACCACGGACCCGAGACUACCUCGGAGGCCGACGCUGGGGCAAGUGGCCAUAAAACUCCCCCAGGGGAUUCCACCCCAGAAGAGCCGCAAGAGCCGCAAGGCGGAGAGAGGUCGCAAUCCGACCUCUCUCGCUCCGGCCACCGACCGGCCGACAUCACCAUCCCUCCCCCUCCCAGCCUUAACGCGUCAGCAAAACACGGAAGCCAGUCAUCUCCAGCCAAAGGGCCAUCCCCAGCCGAGCUCUUGCAAGAAGGCAAACCUCCCAAGCGAAGGACCGACACCUCUUCUUUCCACAACCUGCCGCGAGAGCCAUCUACUCGGCCGCCCAGUCGGCCCAUGAGCUUGAUAAGCCGGGCCACGAGUGCGGCUUCCCAUGCGGCGCUUCACGGCGGCAUGUUCGGCGGGUUCCCUACCCUCCGGGACCUCGUCACGGCGUUCCAAGGCGAACGAAAGCGGCGGGAGAAGAUCGAGAAAGAGCUCUACGGUGUUCGCCGCCAACUGGAAGAUGAGGUACGCCGGAAGGACCUGAAAGAGAGCGAGGUCAAGACCCUCGAGAAGCAGCUCGAACAGACCAAGAAGGCCAAGGCUCGAGCGCGGCGGAAUCUCAAUGUCCCGUCCAUCAAUCCAGGGGAGCAGCAUGUGACGAGGCAGUUGUUGGAGCAAAGUCGGGGCGAGUCUCCCAGAUCUGAGACGCAAGAGGAGGUUUUCGAGUCCGUUAUGACAGAGGAGAACCAUGAGAUGGAAAUUCUCAAGACGAAGCUGGAGACCGCCGAAGGAGAGAACGAGAUUCUGAAGACGGAUCUGGCACGAGCGCGAAAUGAGAUCGAAGCCUACGGAGAGGACUUAAGCAGAACCGAAAAGUUUUGCGAAGCAGAGACCGCCAAAUUGAGCGAGCUCCAAGAAAAGUAUGAUGCACUCCAGGCGACUCGGUUCGGCAACUUGAACCUCGACCAGGCUCCUUCCUGGGCCAAGACCCCCAGAACCGGAGGCGGGCUAUCUGGGAUGGGGUCAUCGCAACCCGAAUCCUCGAAGAAGUCUUCGCCGCUGAUACCAAGUCCGGGCUCAGGGGCAGGAUCCGAAGCCACGGCCGGGACUCGCUACCGUCAGCGCUCCGCAUCCUUGGCGUCCCGCUUCUCCGACGGCGGUUUCGACGAGAGGCCGACCAUUUCCAGGGAAGACUAUGACAUCCUCCUGGAGCACUUCGUGCGGCAGGAGAUCAACGAUGAGAUAUUUGACAACGGCAGAUCCGCCCUCGCCACCGUCGUCACUGCUACCGAAAUGGCCAGGGCCGGCAUUGAGCAACAGGCAGAAUUCCUGAACGACUUUGUCCAGCAGGACCAGAACUCGAAGCCUUACACCUUCGUGAAGGAAUACGAUCCAUCUGAGGACGACUCUAACGAGGACCUCGGAGAGCAUGCGCGGAAACAAAAAGAAAGGUGGCAGAAUGAGCUGAAAAGGCCGCAAAACGAAAGCAAUGAGACCGACAAAGACGCAAGAGGUUGCGAUUGCGGCGGCGACGGUGACUGUCCACAAAAGCUCAGGAAAGCCCAGCAAGAGAUUGAACGGCUUCACGAGCAACUUUCCAAACAAAGGGACUGCGACGGUGACUGUGAGGAGCAGCUGAGGAAAGCCCACGAGAAGAUUGCCGCACUUCACGAGUCGUGGAAGAAACAACUUUCCAAGCUCGAGUACUCCCGCAAGACUGCAAAAGACCGUGCAGAAUUUUUUAAAACGAAGCUCGACAUGGCGAAUAUGAGCCUUAAGAAGGCGGGUAAGCGGCUAGACGCACAAAAAGCUACCAUUGCGAAAUGCCGAGACGAGAUCGAGCUCGGAAUCCGCACCCAAGCAAAGCUCAAGACCAAAUUGGAGGAAAAUUACGAAGAGACGGCCAAGCUAAAACGCAAGAUCGCCGAUAGCCACGAGGCCUACGCCACGGUCUCGAAACAACUGGAAGAGGCAAACCAGGGGAUCCGGAGGCUCGAGGCCGACAUCGAAACAGUGAGAGCAUAUAUUUCAAAACCCGAAAACGAGAUGGAUCGCCUCGAGGGGAAUCUUCAGAGGUGGACGCGAGAAGUGGCGAGCGUCGACUCCGAGUUGACAAAACUCAGGGCGCGCCAAGAGAGGGCCAAAACCCGCCGCCUACCCGGUCCUGACCCCAUCGCCCCAGUCACCCGCGCGCGAGCUCAGGACAUGGACGCCAAGGUCGCGGAGCUGACCGAGAAGAAGAACGAGAUUGUUGGGACCAUAGGCCGCAUUCGAGGGCGCCUCGACACUCUGGCCGGGGACAAGCCGGAGGAUCAGAUGCGGCGUGAGGUGCAGGAGAAGCAGCAGCAGGAGAAACAGCAGCAGCAGCAGCAAAGCACCAUCGGAUCGGCCGUGCGUUGGCUCCGGGGUAGCGGAAAAUCGUCACAGGCCACCCAAGCCGAGGUGGAUGCGAAGGAUAAGCAGAUCGCCGAUCUGGAAGAGAAGCUUGCAGAAGCCCAGCACAAUCUCGCGAGCCUCAAAAAGCUGAACAAGAACGAAGAACCCGAUGUGGUCGCAAUCGAAAAGGAACUGGCCAAAGCCAACAAGGACCGCCGCGACAUCCUGGGCCAGAAGACGAUAGCCGAAAAGCAGAGAGAAGAAAGCAUGAAGGCUGCUGCCAGGCUAGAGGAGGAAUUGGAAGCCAAGAAGAAGGAGGUGGCCCAGGUCGAAGAGCACGUCAAGCAGCACAUAGGGCUGGCGAACAAGACGGUCAAGACGUUGCGCGCCAUCAUUUCGACGCUCCGCGACGGGCCGGAUGCGGACAUCCAGGAGACAGAGCGUCUGAUCGGUGUCGUGCGGGACCAGACAAUCGCCGCCAGCGGCUCCGGUCUUCCACAAGCCGACAGGAUCAAGAUGGAAUCCAUGGGCGAGGGCCCGGCAUCUCAGCUGCGGCGACUGGAUGUGUUGGAGGCUGAGCGUGCAAGGCUCUUGAAAUGCCUGCAGGACGAGCUGGCGGAGAAGAAGAGAGAGGCCCAGACCGUCGAGGAGCUGCAGAAGGAGCUCGAUCGGCUGCAGAAAGCAGGGGAGAAGCCUGAAGCUCAUAUGGACCUCAAAACAAAGGUGGGAGAGCUGACGGACCAACUCGAGCUUCUGAAGCAGGCCAGAGAGAAGCUGGAGAGGCUGGAACGCGCCGAUAUCGACAGGGAGGAGAUGAAAGCCGAGGCGGACUGCCUUUCCGGAGCGAUUGAAUUGCAAGAAUCGAACCCGGUUGAGAAAAAGAAGCCCAAGUUGCGGCGGGAACUCAAGACGCUUCGCGACGACAUAAAUGCCAAGGAUGCGGAGAUGGACAAACUGAACAACAAUCUCGCGAGCAUGGACGGGCAGCUCCGAGCAUUGGUGGGAGAUCCAACUGUUGCCAAUAUCAACAAGCACAUCGAGCGUCUCGAAGCACAGCUCGACGACGCUGCCGCUAGACUUCAGGCAUCAGGGUACCUGAAGGCCCGCUACGACGAGCUGCGGGAAAAGACAGACUUAGAGCGACGCAAACGCAUCAGCGACCUCGAGGUCGAUAUCGCAAACAUGCGCGAGGCCCUGGACAGGAAGAAGGGCGAACGCAGGGAAGAGAUGGACGGCAUUAUGGCGACGACGGCCGUUUUGGAGCAGCGCCUGAAGGAGUCGGAAGAAUACCGCGAGCGCCGCGAGGCGGCUCUGGACAAACAGGCGCGGGAAACCCAAGUGCUGAAAGAACGCAUCCGAACCCUCGACAGCGACCUAAGCAGGACAAGAGACAGACUUGAGGAAGAGACGAAAAAGGGCGAACGGAAUGUUGUGCUCAUUGCAAAACUCAAGACAGAGUGUAAGAAAUUGGAGACUGAGCUCGCGGCUGCUAGGAAAGAACGGGAGGCGGAGAAAGCCAAGCUCGUUAAAGCUCUCAAGGAGCGAGAAUUAGAGCUUGCGAAGGCGCGCACUGAGAAGAUUCAGCUCGAGCGACUGCUUGGCAUUAUCAGGAAGGACUUGAAGUCUGCCAUGGACCGAGUGGGCAAGGAACCGGCCAAUGAUGAAGGAGAGGCCAGGUUCGGCAAUUCCGCGCAUGAAAUCGUAUCCCAGCUGCAACGGCUCGAGGAGAACAUCCGGGAACGCGUCCGCGACAAGGAUGAGGAACUGAGGCACCUGACGAGCCAGCGGGACAAGGAGUUCAACGGCCUACAGAAAGAGAUGGAAGAACUUCGACGAGAACUACACCAAUACCAGCAAGAGGCGCAACAGGAAGGCCAGGUUAGUUCGCAGCACCUGGACCAUGCCAACAACGAACGGCGGCUGCGUCGUGCGCUCCAAAAAGCGGAACAAAACCAGAAGGUCCUUGCAAACUUGCGCGACGUAGCUGAGACGCGGCUCAACAGGGCCGAGGAAGAACUCGAACAGCUGCUGCAUGACUAUGGUGUUUACGAGAACGAGGUCAAAAUGGACUUCGACUACCUCCACACUAAACAUCGCCGUUAUGCGGAAGACAUGGAGAAGACCAUAGAGUCGACUUCGAAAGAGAUGGAGGUGAAGCAGGCCAUUAUUGAAAGUCUAACGAACCAAAUCGGCGAGCUCGAGGUUCGCUUGGAGGAAAAGGAGGAGGAAUUGAAGACGCUAUGCAGUCUAACGUUUUCGACGAGCACCGACGAAGACGAGGUGGAGGAGCUCAGACAAGAGCGUGAUCAGCUCAACGGCCAAGUGCGCGAAAUGCAGCAGCAGUUGGACGUCUACGCGGAGCGUGCGAGAGCUUCGGGCGACACGGAGAAGCUCAAGAAGAAGAUUGCAGACCUGGAGCAUCAGCUGAGUGCCGUGACGAAGAGCAACUCCGGCGACACGGCCGCCGUCGAAGCCGCGCGGCGAGAGAUUGAGCGACUUAGGAAGUUGCUGGCUAAACUUCAGAGCACGACAAAGGACGCCAACAAUACGCUGAGCCCUCGAACUACAGGCAUUGUGAACGACUUUCCCGAGCACAUGAAGAGAAUCAGUUCGCUCGAAGCAGAGCUGAAGGAGGUCAAGAACGAAAGAGAUUCGCUACUGGCGAGUAAAGCCAGUCUCCAACAGGGCGACAUCCCAGAAGCACGCGAGCGGAAGCCCACGUCGACGGCCGAUCGACUCCAAAGCAUGCAAAGAGAUGGCCUGGUCGACGCAGGGAGCGAAGAUCUGACGAAGUCCGGUGAGGAGACUACCUGGGGUCAAAGAGAAUUUGACGACACCAAAGACAUUGCCAGGGUACAACGCAAGGUGGACGAACUAGAGGCCCUGUUGAAGGCGAAGACGGACGAUUUGACGCGUUCGCAAACUGAGCUGGACCUCAUGAGAAGGGUGCAGUCGGCGGAGAAGGAUAAUAUGCGACUGAACGAUCAGGAACUCCAGGCGGUUCGAGAGGAGUGCGACCAGGCGCGUCGAGAACUGGGAUCGGUGCAGAAGCAGAUGAAAUCGGCACUUGGUCAGGUUGAGUCUCUGAAGAGGGAGAAGAAGCAGCUCGAGGAGGAAACGCGGCGGACCGAAAAGGCACUCAGUGGCGAACGCAAGUUGCUGCAGCAGCGCCAGAAGGACGAACAGAAACCGGCGGCAGACGGGACCACCGUGGCCGAUGAAGAGCUCCGGGAGUUCGAACAAGCACUGGAGGCCGGGAGCGCGAAGCUGAAGCAACAACUCGGCAGCGACGGACCAGAGGAGCUCCCAACCGCUGGCCCAUCAGUCCAAACGGUCGACAGUAGGUCCCACGAGGCUAAGGAGAAGCGGGCGGAGCCGAAGUCGAAUAGCAAGUCGGACGAGGGUGAACGACUCGAGUCGAAAGCAUGGAGUGACAUGGCCCAGGCGCACAAAGUCAUAGCCCGAGCGCUAGAAGUCAUAGCCCGAGCACACGAAGCCAUGCCCACGGGGCCCCGCCCUAGGGGACCAAUCAUGCCGUCGCUUCCCACGGACGAUGACACCGAGACGAAAGAACCCACUUCGGACGCAGGCACAGGUUCCAAGGACGAAGAAGAGGCUGGCGCUCGUUCGACCCCUGGCUGGUUCGGACGUGACGAUACUCCCUCCGAACAACAGGCGGGACUGGGUCAGCCAAGCACGGUCGCGCCGCACGGACUGAGGUGGGGUGCGGUGAGCGAGCUGGCCCGGUUCGCCGGGGAGAUGGCGGCAUCGGGCUUCACGAGCUGGAGCCUAGUGGCAGCGCUGCUCACGACGGCGGUCUCCGAGGCGGGGCUUCUGCCACCACUGCUCUUGGGUAUUUUGAUGGUCUGUAGGGGGUGGAUGUCGCGACGCGGACGGUUUGCGGAUUUGCCAGGGCAGCCACGGCAGCCACGGGCGUCGUGGCCGAGGGUCACCUGGUGGGUCGUGGCCGGCCUGCUGGUGCAGAUCGUCCUGUUCUACCUCAUGUACGUCGGGAUGCGGGCGUACGCGGACUACAAGAAGCUGGCGGAUUUGGCGGAUUUGUGGAUGUCGGCCAACGGGGUCACAGGAGGGUCGCCGCCCGACUUGAUACAGAUGAACCACCUAUCGGAUCUGUCGUGGACGCGGGAGGAUCUAGGAGAUAUUCUGGACGAGUCGUAGUCGCCGGGUGAGUAGGCGGCGCUCGCAUGUCACCCGUCAGUGCAACAGAAGCCGAGAUUAGGUACGUUGGGAGAGCUGGCAUAGACAAGAGUAGUUCAUGGUGCCUGUACGGGGGGUUCAUGAGUUGGGCGAAGGAGCUGGAGGAGCUGAAGGAGCUGAAGGAGCUGGAGGAGCGAAUGCGUGUAUUUAGACUGAGGUUCGGCGCCAUGGUGUCUUGUGAAUUUUCUGAUGGAUUUGGACUUUU